GACAGAUCUCCAAAAAUUGUAGCUGUCACAUUUUGUUUCAGUCGUAAUCCUACUUUUUGUUUACAUAUAAAUUUACGUUCGCAGAAACAUUAAUUCAAAAUGGGUAAAAGGCAACAUCAGAAGGACAAAAUGUACCUUACGUACACGGAAUGGUCCCAAUUCUAUGGCGGAAAGAAGACUGAGUCGAGUGAAAAUGAGCACAUCAAAUUCAAACGAUUGCCAUUUUUCCAUUGUACCAUCACAAUGGCCCCGUUUGAGAAUCCGUAUUGUGACACCGACGGCAACAUAUUCGAACUGGAGGCGAUACUGGCGUUUCACAAGAAAUACAAAAUCAAUCCAAUCACCGGCAAACCAUUGGCCGUUAAGGAUUUGAUUAAAUUGACAUUUUACAAAAACUCCGACGAUGCAUACCAUUGCCCAUCGCUAUUCAAACCGUUCACCAAGAAUUCGCACAUUGUUGCCAUUGGCACCACCGGAAAUGUUUUCUCAUUCGAGGCCGUCGAUCAGCUGAACAUUAAGACAAAAAAUUGGAAAGAUUUGGUGAACGAUGAGGCGUUCACUCGCAAAGAUAUAAUAACGAUACAGGAUCCGUCUGCGCUCGAAAAAUUUAACAUUUCCACCUUUCACCACAUCAAGAGAAAACUGCGCGUCGAAACGGAAGAGGAGAAAUUGGAGAAGAAAGAUCCACAGGGGCGAUUGAAAACGGUGUCGGCUGAAACGAAGGACAUUUUACAGCAAUUGGAAAAGGAUUAUAAGCCAGCUGUCGCAGAGGCAACAACAUCUCGAGAAGUAGCCGACAAGUUUAACGCUGCUCACUACUCGACAGGAGCUGUUGCAGCUAGUUUUACCAGCACUGCAAUGGUUCCAGUGUUUAAUCACGAAGCUGCCAUUCUGGCCGAUCAUGAAGUCAGGUACGAGCGGGUGAAGAAAAAGGGUUACGUUCAAUUGGUCACAAGUCACGGGCCGCUGAACAUCGAACUGUAUUGCAAUUUGGUACCGAAAACUUGUGAGAAUUUCAUGCGUCAUUGCCAAGACGGGUAUUACAAUGGGACGCUGUUCCACCGUUCGGUGAAAAAUUUCAUGAUUCAGGGUGGCGAUCCGAAAGGUACCGGAAAAGGUGGUCAAUCGAUCUGGGGCAAGGGAUUCGAAGAUGAAAUAAAACCUCAACUGUCACACACAGGACGAGGAAUCGUGUCAAUGGCUAAUUCGGGUCCCAACACGAACGGUUCUCAAUUUUUCAUAACGUACCGGUCAUGCAAGAAUUUGGAUGGUCAUCACACAAUAUUCGGUAAACUGGUUGGCGGUAUGGAUUCGCUGAACGAGAUGGAAAAGAUUGAAGUGGACAAGAAUGAUCGGCCUAUCGAAAACAUUCACAUCCUGAAGGUUCAUGUCUUCGUCGAUCCGUUUGUGGAGGCCGACGAACAAUUGGCUAAAGAAAGGGAAGACGAAAUCGAGAAGCAACGUAAGGCGAUCGAAGAUGAAGCGAAGCGAAAGCAACAGAAAAAUCAGCCGUUGAAAGUGUACCGGGAUGGUAUCGGUAAAUACUUGAACAUCGGUGGUAGCAGUAGUAAGAAGACGACAGUGGACAAUGUUGACGAUGUGACGGUGGCAAAGAAACAGAAGCGAAAGGAUGCGUCGUAUAAAUUUGAGAAUUUCAGUUCGUGGUGAAUAAAACCGACUUGCAAGUGAA